AUGGCGCAGGAUCUACGAUCGCAGGACAUCAAAAACCCAAUUGACGUUGCAGAGUACCUCUUCCGAAGACUACAACAGGUCGGCGUUGAGUCCGUCCAUGGCGUUCCAGGAGACUACAACCUUGUCGCACUCGACUACAUCCCCAAAGUCGGCCUGAAAUGGGUCGGCAACUGCAAUGAGCUGAAUGCUGGUUACGCCGCAGACGGCUACGCAAGAGUCAAGGGCAUUUCUGCUUUGGUAACAACCUUCGGCGUGGGCGAAUUGUCUGCUGUCAAUGCCAUCGCCGGAGCCUAUUCGGAAUAUGUCCCGAUCGUCCAUAUCGUCGGCUACCCAUCGACUGUAUCUCAGAGGAACGGAGCGCUGCUGCACCACACUCUUGGGAAUGGCGACUUUACGGUCUUCUCGCGCAUGUCCAAGGAGAUCUCGUGUGCUGUCUCGAUGCUCAACAGCCAGCAUGAAGCGGCCAUGCUGAUCGACAACGCCAUUCGGGAAUGUUACCUGAAGUCGAGGCCCGUCUACAUCUCCUUGCCCAGCGACAUGGUAACCAAGAAGGUUGACGGAGAUCGCCUCAACACUCCGCUUGAUCUGGACUACCCGCAAAACGACCAAGAAGCCGAAGACUACGUCGUUGACGUGGUACUGAAGUAUCUGCACGCGGCAAAGAACCCCGUCAUUCUUGUGGAUGCAUGCGCUAUCCGCCACCGAGCACUGAAGGAAACUCACGAGCUCAUCAAGAAAUCUGGAAUACCCACUUUUGUCGCCCCAAUGGGAAAGGGUGCGGUGGACGAGACUCUGCCGAACUAUGGUGGUGUUUACGCCGGAGACGGUUCAAACGCUGGUGUGCGUGAACGCGUUGAGUCGUCCGACCUCGUGCUCAGCAUUGGUGCUAUCAAAUCCGAUUUCAACACUGCAGGCUUCACCAUCCGCAUGUCCCAGCUUACGACUAUCGACCUACACAGCUACGGAUGCAAAGUACGAUACUCGGAAUACCCUGGUGUUAGGAUGAAUGGCGUUCUUUCCAAAGUCACAGCCAAGCUUGGAAAGCUGAACGUCGAAUCUGGACCCAACCCGAACAAUAACAUCCCAGACAAGGAGACUUCAUCGACAGAACCAACCAUUAAACACGCCUGGUUCUGGCCAAAGCUCGGUCAGUGGUUGAAGAAGGAUGAUGUCCUCAUCACCGAGACUGGUACCUCCAAUUUCGGCAUCUGGGAAACCCGCUUCCCAGCUGGCGUCAACGCCAUCUCCCAAGUUCUCUGGGGCUCUAUCGGCUACGCAACCGGUUCCUGCCAAGGCGCUGCCCUCGCCGCGAAAGAGUCAAACAUCAAGCGCACUAUACUAUUCACAGGUGACGGUUCCUUCCAACUUACCGCUCAAGAAGUCUCCACUAUGAUCCGCAACAAGCUGGCUCCCAUCAUCUUCGUUAUCUGCAACAAGGGCUACACAAUCGAGCGACUCAUUCACGGAUGGGAAGAUCCCUACAACGACGUCCAAGAAUGGAAGUACAAGGACAUUCCCCGCGUCUUCGGCGCUGAAGAAGGCAGUGUACUCACAUACAGAGUGGAGACGAAGGAGGAGGUUGAGAAGCUGUUCCAAGAUGAAGAAUUUAGCAGUGGCGAGACGCAGAAGAUGCGGUUUGUUGAGUUGGUCAUGCCGUGGGACGAUGCCCCGGCGGCUUUGAAGGCAGUUGCUGCUGCGGCGGCUAAGACAAAUGCUAGUGCGGAGUAG